AUGCCCCGGCCCGGCAGGAACACGUACAGCGAGCAGAAGCCUCCGUACUCGUACAUCUCCCUGACGGCCAUGGCGAUCCAGAGCUGCCCGGAGAAGAUGCUGCCGCUCAGUGACAUCUACAGGUUCAUCAUGGACCGGUUCCCCUACUACCGGGACCACACGCAGCGCUGGCAGAACUCCCUGAGACACAACCUGUCCUUCAACGACUGCUUCAUCAAGAUCCCGCGCAGGCCGGACCAGCCCGGCAAGGGCAGCUUCUGGGCUCUGCACCCGAACUGCGGAGACAUGUUCGAGAACGGGAGUUUCCUGCGGCGCCGGAAGCGCUUCAAGGUGGGCGGGGUGCAGGUGUCGGACCCUCUGAGCGGGCCGGGGACGGAGUCCCUGCAGGGCCACUACCUGCAGCAGCAGGCCAAGCUGCGGCUGAGCGCGCUGCAGGUCCAGGUCCCGGUCCCGACCGGGUCCACCAUGAGCUCCGGCUUCAAACCCCCCUUCACCAUUGAGAACAUCAUCUCCAGAGAGUACCGGAUCCCGGGGGGGUUGGCUGCCUUCCCCAGUGCCGGGUACCCGCUGCACCCCCAGCUGAGCCCGGCCUGGACCCACAUGUACGGCUCGGGGGUGAUGGAGUCUGCGGCCCCCCUCUCCGUGGCUCCCCCUGGGGACUACUCGGCCUACGGCGUGCCGCUCAAAUCCAUCUGUCAUCCGGUCCCCAUCAAACCCCCGCCCGGUCUGCCGGGGCUGCCGGUCCACAUCCCGGCAUUCCUGGCCAACUCGCCCCGGUCCAUGAGCCCCCCCUCCCCGCAGACCGGCCGGAGCAGCCCGGCCGCCCCCCCUCCCGAGGCUCUGCGGUCCGCAGUGACGGUGCACUGA